CUCCUUGUCCUGAGCGGCGCAUCUGCUGUAUUUGGUGCCACCUACUCGAGCCCCCUAGAGCAUAAGGACGGCGGUGACCCUUCCAUUGUAUGGCACGAAGGUUACUGGUACUUUACCGCAACCAACUAUCGCGAUAUCAGCGUUCGACGCGCACCGACUCUCGAGGGGCUGAAAACUGCCUUGCCAAAGACAGUUUGGGCACCCAGCGUCGAGUUUCCAUCACGUCAAUGCAAUAUCUGGGCACCCGAGCUGCAUGUCGUGGAUGGACAUACGGGGCUGACAUGGUAUCAAGAUNGGCACAUUUACUUCUCCGCUGGUGGCUGUGGUGACGGUGCAAUCCAGCAAUCUCAAGUCUUACGUGGUGGAGAAUCUCCAUGGGACAACUUCGACUUCUACGGCACUAUCAAUGCUCCUGCAUGGUCAAUUGACGGAACCCCUUUGACCAUCAACGGCCAAAACUACUUUGUCUAUUCCUGUUUCAGGGACGAUACCGGAGAGAGCCUGCAAUCACUCUGCAUCGGCAAAAAUUCCGACAUCCUUACCAUCGGAGAAGAACAUCUCCUUGCCUCUCCCACCGAGGCCUGGGAGCGCAAUGGACAAAUGCCCGUCAACGAAGGUCCAUUCGCUCUCUACAGCAAAACCCGCACUUUUCUAUCUUACUCUGGUUCUUUCUGCUGGGAUCCCUCAUACUCACUCGGUCUGCUCGAAUACAUUGGUGGUGACCCACUGGAACAAAGUAGCUGGGUCAAGUCUGGUCCUCACUUUAGCCAGGCAAAUGGUAUGUACAGUACUGGCCACAAUAGCUUCUUCACCAGCCCAGAUGGUACAGAGACUUGGAUGGCAUAUCACUCUUCUCCCAACCCUGCUGGUAGCUGUGGAGAUAGAUACUCCAAUGCGAAGAAGAUUGAUUUCGAGGCCGAUGGCUUCCCUAUCCUCGGCGCGCCGAUUGCCGAGGGCGAGGUGUUGCCUGGUCCUGCUGGCGAACCGCAAGCA